GAUUUGGGCCGUUGGCAGCGUGGAAAACGUGCACGUUUCUUGCAAGUCGGGUCAUAGUACUCUCCGUUAUCGGAUCCCGGCACAUCCAUAUUAUACUGUAUUCAGGUCGUUGCGUCCCGAACGGAUCGUCAGGACGGCUAUUGUCUGUCUGUUUCGUGACUCAUAACCACCCCGGAAGUUACUGGCACCCAAUCACCUCUCACCCACUGAUAUAUUAGUCGGUGGCGUCCCCGAGUCUCCCUCGCAAAUCGUGCUUCACCCUCCUUCACACGCCAUUAUGGGUUCCGUUGCGCCUUCUCUCGCCGAGAUGGAUGCCUCCGUCGUCAAGGUCACCCGUCGGACCGAUCUCCGCGAUGUGCCCCUUCCAGGCUCCCCCGAGGAGCUGAGCCACUCCUACUGCACCGACCACAUGGUCACCGUCCGCUGGACCGCCGCCGCUGGCUGGGAGACGCCCGAAGUGAGGCCGUUCGAGAACCUGAGCGUCCCGCCUACCGCGUCCUGCCUGCACUAUGCUACCGAGUGUUUCGAGGGAAUGAAGGUAUACCGUGGAUACGAUGGCAAGCUGCGUCUGUUCCGGCCGGACUGCAACGGCGAGCGCCUGGUCAGCAGCGCCCAGCGGGCCUCGUUGCCGGGAUUCAAGUUCGACGAGCUCAAGGUUCUCAUCGCCAAGUUGAUGCAGAUUGACGGUCCCCGUUGGCUCCCCAAGGACCAGCCCGGUCGUUUCCUCUACCUCCGUCCCGCCAUGAUUGGCAACGGCCCCCACCUGGGCGUGCAGACGCCCAAGGAAGCCCUCCUGUUCAUCAUCGCCGUGCCGUGGCCCGACCCCUCCAAGAAGAAGCCCGAGGCCGCCGGUGGCCAGCACGGUCUGAAGCUUCUCGCCUCCAACCCGGACACCAUCCGUGCCUGGCCCGGCGGUUUUGGAUACGCCAAGCUCGGCGCGAACUAUGGUCCGUCGUUGGUGUCCCACGGCAAGGCGCAGGCCAUCGGAUUCGACCAGGUCCUUUGGCUGUUCGGCGAGGACCGUCAGGUCACCGAGGCCGGCGCCAGCAACUUCUUCAUUGUCUGGGAGAACAAGGACACCGGAAAGCUCGAGCUGGUCACCGCUCCCCUGGAGAACCAGCUCAUCCUCCCCGGCGUCACUCGCCGCAGUGUUCUGGAGUUGGCACGCAAGCGUCUGACCCAGUCCUCGGGCAGCCUUGCCCCCGUCGAGGUGGUGGAGAAGCAGUUCACCAUCAGCGAUGUGCACGAGGCGUGGAAGGAGGGCCGUAUCGUCGAGGCGUUCGUCUGCGGUACUGCUGUAAGUAGAGCAACUCCAUACCUGACACAGAUAUGGUCAUGCCCAUGCUAACUCUGGAUUCUAGUACUUCGUCACCCCCGUCAAGCUGAUCCGCAGCGACGAUGUCGAUAUGAACAUGCUGGAUGCUGGUGCUGAGCGCGCCGGAUACGCGGCUCAGAUCAAGUCGUGGCUCGAGGCCAUCAUGUUCGGCAAGGAUGGCGCCGAGGUCCACGAAUGGGGAUAUGUCAUCGAGGGCGAGUCUGAGAAAUAAACGGCCAUGUCCUUCUGGGAAGGAGGGUGGCAGAGAUGAGCCG